AUGCCGGCUCCAAAAGUCAUGGGCAUCUACCCUGCGGACAGUGUGUCUGAGGUAGCACAGUCCCUGCCUCUAGAUCCAGUGACCUCGGGCGCAGCGGAAACCUUGGCCGGGGACGUGGAGUACAGGAUUCAUUUGAUACUCCAAGAGGCCAAAAAGUUCAUGGUCCACGGCAAGCGAAGUACGCUUUUACCAGAAGAUGUAGAGCAUGCCAUGGAGGCGUUAAAUGUGGAGCCCGUUCUGAUCCCGCCACGCCCACUUCCACAACGAUCUUUCGCCCCUAUCACCGUACCAACAGCUCCGGGAAUCACAACGACAUUAUACCACGUCCCUGAUGACGAAAUCGACUUUGCGACGUAUCUCAAAGAACCACUUCCCUCAGGACUGGCAAAUAGCGCGGGUGUGAAGUGGAAAGCUCACUGGUUAGCGGUGGAAGGAGUUCAGCCCGCCAUCCCGGAGAAUCCUCCGCCAUCAUCCAAAGCAGGCCCCUCACAUCCUUUGCCGAGCACUGGCAAUGCCGCUCUGAAAUCCUCUGCAAAGUCUCAACUUCCUGAAGAACUCCAGCUCUACUUCACUCGCCUAACCACCGCUCUGGUUCCGCCGGCACCAGGCGCUCCGGAUCAGGCACCAGGCCUCGACGACAGUGAACGUCAUCGUACUGCUGCGUUGGCAUCAAUCAGCUCGGAUGCCGCAGUCAACGGUAUACUAGUAUAUCUCAUCAAGUGGAUGGUGGAAAGUAUCAACAAGUGUUUACUGUCUCAUCCGUCUGUCUUGAGCGCACUGCUAGAUGCUGUCUCUGGCAUACUCGACAAUCGAGCCAUAUUUGUGGAACCUUAUCUUCACCAAGUCCUCGCUCCCAUCAUGUCUGUCCUUCUCACCGUACCCCUGUCCUCCCAAUCCUCCAGCUCGUUGACCAACAACCCAUCCUACGAACUUCGAUGCAAAGCCGCCAGUAUACUACAAAAGAUCGUCACCGUAUACGGCUCAAGGUAUCCCGGUCUCGUCCCGCGUAUUACCUCGACGCUCCUCAAAACUCUCAACCUUCCCCCAUUUCCAUCACCACUUGGAGGCGGAGUGCCACCUUCCGGUCGUUAUGAAGGUGCCAUCCUGGGUAUCUCGGCACUUGGACCAUCAGCGAUACGGCAAUCCCUUCUGAAUGAUCCGAAUGUACUGCAACGCAUCGAUGGGCUAUGCUCCUCUCUUUACCCUGCGCAGGAAGCGCGCAAGAGCACCAAGGCUGUCCCGUUGAGCAAAGCCACGGUUGUGGCAUUGUCCAGGAUGGUCGGGUCAAAACCGGAAGGAUGGGUCGGUACAGUCGAUUUGGAUCAGGCAGAUUCACAAUUUGGUCCCAAUCUUGUCCGUGCGAUGGAGAAGGAUUCGUGGUUGUUGAGCGAGCUGCUGAGAAUGAGGGAGGAG